GCUGGUAAAUGCGCGCUGGUGGCAAGCGAAAAUAGCAACAAAUUUGUUUUGUUUAUUGUUUAAAAGCAACGCAGGGCAUCCGCAACGAGCAUGCAGAGUGUGAAAUAACUGUAGAAAGUUCAGACACGGGCGGCACAUUUCAGAACUUACAGUAUUAGGGCGAAGUUUAUUGGCAGCGGGAGCAGCGCGAAAUUCCUGUCGUUAACACGGUUCUAAAUUAUUUAUUACACAACAAAUAACUCAAAACAGACAUUGUCAGCGAAAGGUUAAAAAUAGCUUGUAAACAAACCGAUCACCAGGAAUAGGAAGAACCCCUCGCGGCGUCAUUGACCCACAAAAUUGCCCCAGCUCUGCCAACGGCCGGUUUAGCCAAUCACUUCCCUGAUACGAGCACGUGCAUCCAUCAACACUAUGGCCAGCCGGCAAAUGGCCAACGACCACCUGCGCCUCUCCUGGCAUGACACCCAGAUGAUGGCUACCCUCAGCCCCCAGACGGUAAUGGACUACUUCUGCAGGAGAUCCAACCCCUUUUACGAACACAUAUGUAACAAUGAAACCAUCCGGAUGCAGCGUCUAGGCCCGGAGCAUCUGCAUAACAUGAUUGGGUUGGAGUACAUCCUUUUGCAUGUUGCCGAGCCCAUUUUGUAUGUCAUCCGAAAGCAACACCGUCAUAAUCCUUCAGAAGCCACGCCCAUCGCCGACUACUACAUCAUUGGAGGCACGGUCUACAAGGCGCCCGACCUUGCGAAUGUGAUAAAUGCUCGCAUUCUCAACACUGUCGUGAAUCUGCAAUCGGCCUUUGAGGAGGCCAGUGGCUAUGCUCGUUACCAUCCCAACAAAGGAUACACUUGGGACUUUUCGUCUAAUAAAGUUUUAUCCGAUAAAUCCAAAUCCGAUAAGAAGGACACCAGCUCAUCAAAAGACGAAAACAGUGGGACAUUAUUUCAAAAGCAACGCGUGGAUAUGCUGUUGGCCGAACUCCUUCGAAAGUUUCCGCCCCCAAUCCCACCAAUGCUGCAAAAUCUACAGCAAGCCCCACCUACAGGAGAUGAGAUGAGUUCUGCUGGCGGCCUUAACUCUAAUGAGAUGAACAACGCUACUGGACCGCUGGAUAUCAAAACAGAAGGUGUGGAUAUGAAACCCCCGCCGGAGAAAAAAUCAAAGUAAUAAGGUUAAUGUGCAUUUAAACGUGGGGAAAUCUAAAAUACACUCAUCUUAGACCUAGGCUAUAUUAAA